UAUGGAAAAUGUACUGGUACAUGUACUGGCCAGCAACUUAGGGAAAUUUUGUCUUUUUUAUAGUCUAUAUUCCCAUCAAUUGUACUCUAGCUCAUAAUCUGGGAGUGAUGAUUCCACCACUGUAAAGCACAAUUUUUUCCAAUCUUGGCUCAUGAAUAACUUAUCUUAUUGUUUCCUGCACAUGCUCCUUAACUUGCAGAUGCACUAUGUUCAAGACAAGGUGUUUGUUGGUCUGGAUAACACUCUGCCAGAGUUUAAUCUUAAGGAGAAGCUUCAAGGACCAGGGGGGUCAUAUUUUCAGCAUAUCAGCAUGCAAACAGGGGCCAAGGUUCAGCUUCGUGGUAGAGGGUCUGGAUUUAUUGAACCUACUUCUGGUAAAGAAGCUUUUGAAGCACUCUACAUCUACAUUAGCCACAGUAAAGUUGAUGGCUUAGCAGCUGCAAAGAAAUUAGUAGAAAAUCUUAUACAAACGGUAAGUUUUCCAUGUUUAGUGUUAUCAGUCUGAUUAGAAAUUGAUCCUUUGGAAUGGCAAAUUAGACAAUUCUCCAAUCACAAUGAGUAAUGAUAAAUCAUGAAAUGCAGGAGCAA